CACCGGCGGCGUUCUACUUUUUCUGCUAAAGGCUGAAAGUUACAUUGACAGUUCCACUUUGAUGAGUGACGCGCAAAAAACAUUUUCGGAAAAGCUAAAAAGGAAACUUACCACCGUCUUCUGGACGCUGUGCAGUUUUCUCGUACGAGUAAGAGUGCGUGUGUGCGCGUGUGUUUCUUUAAAAGUAUUGAAGAGAUCAUCCGUAUGCGUUGUGCGUAAUCCGUGCGCUAUUUUCAGAAUGCAGCAAAAUUUGACAAAUUAAACUUGUAAAAUUGCGCAACGGUUAUCCACACCGGCCAACUGGAGACUGUCUUGAAUCGGUUGCAUCAGGCUUUUAUAUUCAGAGCAUGGUCCGAUAAUUGGAAGACAGAGUCAAACAGGAAGUGAGAAAUAGACAGAUAAAAUAUAGAUUUGGGACUCUUUGAGGUGUGUUCGCAGGAGCGCCUGGCUUUUACGUCCAGGUGUCCCGCCGAGCUGUGCGGAGUCUCCAGCUCAGGCCGGCAGCGCUGACAUGCUGCCCAAAGUCGAGACUGAAUCCCUGGGACUCUCUCGAUCGUAUGGGGAACAGGGGCACAUGCCAAGGAAUAUGCAAGCCCCUCAGUUAAAAAUGAUGGACUACUCUUAUGACGAAGACCUCGACGAGAUGUGUCCCGUGUGCGGUGACAAGGUUUCAGGAUACCACUACGGGUUGUUGACCUGCGAGAGCUGCAAGGGCUUCUUCAAGCGCACCGUCCAGAACAACAAGCGCUACACAUGUAUAGAGAACCAGAGCUGCCAGAUUGACAAGACCCAGAGGAAGCGCUGCCCCUACUGCCGCUUCCAGAAGUGCCUCACCGUCGGCAUGAAGCUAGAAGCUGUGCGGGCGGAUCGCAUGCGAGGUGGUCGCAACAAGUUUGGCCCGAUGUACAAACGUGACCGGGCCCUGAAGCAGCAGAAAAAGGCACUGAUCCGAGCAAACGGCCUAAAGAUUGAGGCUAUGACCCAGGUGAUGCAGGCCGUACCCACUGACCUCACCAUCUCCUCUGCCAUCCAGAACAUCCACUCGGCCGCCUCCAAGGCCCUUCCCCUGAGCCACCACGCGGGCCACCACACUGGUCAUCAUCACCACCACCACCACCAUCACGCCACUGCUCUGCCCCCCACAGACUAUGACCGCAGCCCGUUUGUGACUUCGCCGGUCAGUAUGGCGAUGCCACCCCACGCCGGCAGCCUGCAGGGCUACCAGGCGGCGUACGGACACUUCCAGGGCACGCGCACCAUCAAAUCCGAGUACCCAGACCCAUACACCAGCUCGCCAGAGUCCAUCAUGGGCUACGCCUACGUCGACGCCUACCAGUCGGGGUCACCUCCCAGCUUCCCCCACCUGAUUGUAGAGCUGCUCAAGUGUGAACCAGACGAGCCACAGGUUCAGGCCAAAAUCUUGGCCUACUUGCAGCAGGAGCAGGCCAGCCGGGGCAAACACGAGAAGCUCAACACCUUUGGGCUCAUGUGCAAGAUGGCCGACCAGACACUCUUCUCCAUCGUGGAGUGGGCCCGGAGCAGCAUUUUUUUCCGUGAACUCAAGGUUGACGACCAGAUGAAACUGCUGCAGAACUGCUGGAGUGAACUCCUCAUUCUUGACCACGUCUUCCGGCAGGUGGUGCACGCCAAAGAAGGUUCCAUCCUAUUGGUCACCGGCCAGCAGGUGGACUAUGCAGUGAUUGCAUCACAAGCAGGGGCCACCCUCAAUAACCUGUUGAGCCAUGCCCAGGAGCUGGUGGGCAAGCUACGCUCUCUACAGCUGGACCAAAGGGAGUUUGUCUGCCUCAAGUUCCUGGUCCUUUUCAGCCUGGAUGUGAAAAAUCUGGAGAACUUCCACCUUGUAGAAAGCGUGCAAGAGCAGGUUAACGCAGCAUUACUGGACUACGUCAUGUGCAACUACCCACAGCAAACAGACAAGUUUGGUCAGCUGCUCCUCCGGCUGCCCGAGAUUCGUGCCAUCAGCCUGCAAGCCGAAGAAUACCUUUACUACAAACACCUGAACGGUGACGUGCCCUGCAACAACCUACUCAUUGAAAUGCUACACGCCAAAAGAGCUUAGGAGGGGACUACACUACCCACAAUGCAGCUCUGUGGACAUCUGAGAUUUUUUUCUGCAGCCCAAAAACUUUUUAAAUUUAUGCUUUUACCAAACUAAUUCUCCAGCCCAGACUUGAAUAUGUAAUGGCGUGGAGUGACGAGAGCUUAGUGUUAGCCACUCAUGUUUAUAGUGAGUUCAUUUUCAUCUUGAAUCGCAGAUUUGGACUCAUGCACAGAGACUGAUGACGUGCACAGAGACAGCAUUUGGAUCUGUUUAUUUAAAAAAGUCCGAAAUGAAAGCAGCUUCUCCUCGACCUCACAGGAAGAAAGACAAUAUUUAAAGGAAAAAAGAAAAAAACACUUGAAACAAACGCUGCGAGAAGGUAUCUAAGCACGGACUAUCAAGACUGACAGGCUGCAACUUCACAUUUUACAACUGGUGACACUGUGAGAGGCUUUUUGUGGUGAGAAAGAAAGCUGUGUAUCAUCACCCUUCAGUCUUUCGGUCAGGUUUGUGACGAGCGGGAUAGCGUCACCAGCCCCUACAGUGUGCUGUUCCACCAAAAAAACUGCUUUCAGCUGUCGUUGGUACUGUAAAUACAAAAGGACAAGCAGCCAACCAGGCCAGAGACUCUUACCUACAACACCCAUAAAGUCUGUUCUUUCUUUAUUUUUUUCUUUUUUUAUCUCACACAAGAUGCCUGCUACGGCAGCUUGACCCUACAGAAAAAGACUGACAGUAAAAAAAAAAAAAAAAAGGUCUAAAAAGGAACAUCCUUAAAUGAACAAAAUUCUAAAGAAGCCAGUAAGAAGAAAAAUAAGACAUUUUUUUUCUCUUGUAAUGGAAGUCAUGUUCCUCAUGGUCACCGUGUAGUUCCCCUUUCUUAUUCCACCGCCCUGAAUCAUUUUAAACUAUGUACCUCAGAAAAACUAGUGUUAAAUAAAUUCAAUAAAUAAUGUUAGCUGAAACAAUUGUUAUUAUAAGCCCCAUUUUCCUGCAAAGAAACAACCUCCCCUUUAUUAUUUUUAAAACUGGAACAAAACAAAGUGUAAUUCUGGAGAUGGAGAAGGAUCAACCUUGCCUUUGUCCGGAAAGACCAAAGCCUGCUGCAGAACAGAAGGAGGAAAUUACAAAAACCUUAAUAAUCAGUAUUAUAGGAGAAAAAAAAAAGAUUUGUGAUGUCACAAUUAUGUGAGUCUUGCCUUAUUUCAUUACCAUGCUAGCUAACCGUGCAGAUGUGAAUGAAAAUAUGUACAAAUAUAUAUAUAAAGUAUUAAUGUUGUAAAAAAUUUUAAAAAGAAUAAUUCAACAGGUGUUUACAUUCAUGUGGUCAAAUGGAAGAGAACUGUGAUGAAGCAUAAAUUGCUAAGCAAUGAUUUCCUAAAAAAAAAAAAAAAAAGAAAUCAAAGAAUUGAAAAAAAAAAUCCCUCUGAUUUGCUUUCUUUGGUGUGUGUACAGUGGUUUAUUUUAUAUUUGUUUUCAGCAGUACUUAAAUUAUGUCGUGAGACACUAAAAUCAAAAAGGAAUCACACUUAAAAUUUUAAUUUCUAUCUGUGUCUGCUGGCAUUCAAACAUUUGUUUCUUAAGCAUUACUGUAUAAUGUUUCAGUUUAGGUUUCAACCUCUUUUGUAGACUUUUUUUUUUUUUUUUUUUUACAGUGUAUUUACCUUUUUGAUGUACAGUAUGUCACUGGUUACGCUUAAUAAUGAAGAUAAUUUAUUGCGUCUCUUGGUUUCCAUCUUUGUGUUACAUGACGUGAGGUGUCCACGCCAGAAUAAAUUUGUUUACUGUAGCAUGUUCUUGUUAUGUUUUCCACAAGUUCUGAGAUGCAAGUCUAGAGCAAAAAAAAAAAAUGGACUCGCUUUUUUGUCUUUUAAAUGUUUAUUCAAGUCUAAGUCUGUACAUUGAAAAGAGUAUUGUAUUUAAGCAAGUAGGUGUGAAAGAUGUCUGUGCAGCAUCCGUUUUUCUUUAUUGAAUUUCAGAAUGCAUUAUUGUUCUGUCCAGUUUGCUCUUAUACCAAAGACUGCAUCUUUUCCCUGUGAGCUGUGACCUUUAGUAUUGUGUCCAAAAUGAACAAAACCACCUUGUUUUUACUCUUUUAUUAUUUUUCCACUCUCUUAAAGUUUGGCAUCCUAAAUUAUUAUUAUUCUCAUGUGGAAUUCCUCAAAUGUACAGUAGUUGUUGUUACUGUUCUUUCAAAUUGUCCCACAACACUUGCCUCCUACAACAA